AUGGCGACGGACGCGUCAUCAAUACAGACAGCAUAUCGCGUUGGUCGAAUUGCGGUAGACGCGUUGAUGAUGCCAGCGGCAAAUAGGGAUCUGGCGACGAUCAGUUGCAGUCGUGAACACAUCGUGGCCUCAACCCAUGAACAGAGACUGGAGGACGGCUUGGUGCGCAACACUCAGCGCCUCGAGCGCCGCAACGCGCGUCGAGCAACGCCCCAUACGCUCGUGCCGCCAGCCGAUUCAGCCACCCCGCAAGAAUAG